GUACCACCCCGGAUACUUCGGCAAGUGCGGCAUGAACCACUACCACCUGAAGAAGAACGCUCUGUGGAAGCCGACGAUCAACCUGAACAACAUCACGAAGUUGAUCGCCAAGGAUGAGGCGCUGAAGGCGAAGAAGGGAGAGGCCUUGCCCGUUGUUGAUCUCCUGGCAAACGGGUACUCGAAGCUGCUUGGCAAUGGCCACCUGCAGGCCCCUUGCAUUGUGAAGGCCCGCUGGGUGAGCAAGCUUGCCGACAAGAAGAUUCGCAAGGCUGGUGGUGCCGUGGUGCUGCAGGCGUAG